AUGCUGACCGAUUCGAGAGGGGCGGCAAUGGUGGACAAGGCAUUAUCGAUACUGUCGGUGCUAUCGAGCAACGCUGAAGCGAAAGCGGCGAUCGUGAAGGUGAGCACGAUCCCGGUGCUGAUCGAUCUGUUGAGGACCGGGCAGCCGAGGGGGAAGGAGAACGCGGCGGCGAUAUUCCGUACACAGAUUUUGAUUGCAAACAGUAAAGAGCCUAAUAGAAAAGUUUGA